AUGACAAACCGUUCGGAGAGCAUUUCGACCAACAAACACGACGGCCAAAAGUGCAGGCUAUACCUGGGAAACCUGCCGAAGGUUAAGACGGAAAAGGAGAUUUUUGACGAAGUGAGCCGCAUAACGCGUGGUCAUUUAGUGCGUGUGAUUACGUACAAUAACUUUGACGAUCCAUCGAUGCACCGGGGCUUCUGCUUCCUGGACUACGGGUCGGUGGCUGCGGCUACGAACGCUAAGCGGGCACUUUCAAAGCAAAAGGUUUUCGGAUGCAAAACGAUCGUGGACUGGGCGGACCCGGAACCGCAGGCGGACGCGGACACGAUGGCCACGGUGCGCAUACUGUACGUCAAGCAGUACGACGGCGUGCUAAGCGAACGCGUGCUUGCCAGUGUGUUUGGCCGAUAUGGGGUCGUGGAACGUGUGAAGAGCUUGAAGGACUACGCUUUCGUGCACUUUGAGCGGCGUGAGGAUGCGCAGUCAGCCAUGGACGCCUUGGACUAUUCCAGGGACGUGGCUUCGGGCGUGUGCCUCGAUGUCACGUGGGCCAAGCCGCCGGCGGACAAGAAAACGCGACAACGGAUGUUGCGUAACCGGGAACGCCGGGUACAGAAAUUCGUGGUGGCGGCCAUGAGUCAACCGGUUCGCUAUACCCCGCGGCCACCGGAACGCGCUCCUGGAAGCAAAAGACGCAUCGGCCCCACCCCCGCCGCCGCAGCCUACAUCAAUUACGACCAUCGUGGUUAUGACUUCGGACUGAGGCAACCCUGCAACCAAUGCACCCCCGCCUCCGAGGUGAGCAUUCCCGUGGCCGAAGCCAUGUCUGACGAGCGCAACAGCCAUAAUGCAUGCCGGUGCGGCACCAACGUCGUGAGCGCAAAUGAGUGCAAAGCGGUCCGUCACGACGAUGGCGAUUGGAAGAAGGGUUGCACGAGAACGUUGGACCAGAAACUGUUAAACUUUUUCCAAAGAAUGUCCACAAGCUGCGUCAAAAAUGAUUAA